AUGCACAGCCUCCUGGAGCUCGUCGCGGAGCAGGGCCGCCUGGCGCCGUUCCGGCGCGACGUGCGCAUCUGCUGGGAGUUCCUCGAGCGGGAGAUCCGCGCGGCCAAGGCGCGCGAGGACAAAGAGCGCGCCGCCGCCAGGCCCGCGGCCCGGCCCAAGUCGGCGCACGCGCGGUCGCGGUCGCCGCCGCCGCGGUCGCGGUCGCCGCCGCCGCGGCCCCGGUCGGCCCACGCGCGGUCGAAGUCGCCGGUCAAGGCGCGGAGGCCGCCGCCCAUGGAGGCUAAAGCGCCCGACCGCGCGCCGCUGUCGCCGGCCGCGCUCGCCGCGCCGCCGCCGCCCCUCGAGGCCGUCGCGGGCCCCGCGCCGGCGGCGGCCCACUGGGUCACGGGCGUCGGCCGCGUCGUCGAAGACGAGGGUGUCGAGGACCGGACGAAGCCGUCGCCGCUCCGCGUCGCCGCGGACGUGCCCGUGGGCGUCUCCAAGUUCCAACGGGCCCUCGCGGAGAAGGCGGCGAAGCACCGGCGGCCGUCCCUCGAGUUCCGGCCGCGCUGGGGCGCCGGCGACCCGAGCCCGUCGACGAAGCGGCUCAAGGAGAAGAAAGAAAAACUCGCCAAGUACUCCGUGGCGUCGUCGCUGGACGCCAAAAUCCGCGCGGAGCGCCGCGCGUCCCAGGAGCUCGCCGCCGAGGACGCGCGGUGCCUGGGCGAGGCCCGCGCCAUGCGCGAGGAGGACCGGUCGGCCCUCGAGCGCCGCUUCUUCGAGGUCGGCCGGGAGCCCGUGUUCUUCAUGAAGGCGCGCGCGUUCCUCCCGGUGACCGUCUUCCUCAACCACCGCCGCGACUACCUCGUCGCCGUCUGCCGCGCGGACGCCGCGGACGUCUUCGAGCCGUUGCUGUUCAAGGAGCGCGACCUCGCCGCGGCGGCGAACGACGCCAAGUUCCGCGGCGCGGAGCCGCGGGCGUCGGCGCCGCCGGCGCCGCGCGACUUCGACGCGGACCUGCGGGCGCCGCCGAAGCUCCCCGACUUCGCCGCCCACUACCUCUUCAAGCGCGGGCGCCUGACCAUGCCCGCGACGGACCGCGUCGCGCUCAUCGGCGUCGACUGUUUCUCCAGAGAGGACGCGGUCCGCGCGGGCAACUACGUCGACGCCGCGAGCUUCGGCGACUUCACGGCGGCGGCGACGCGCGACUGGCGCCCGGCGGCCGACGACGGCGGCGCGCUGCGGACGAGCUUCAUCGGCGCGCUGAAGGAGGCCAAGUCGACGGUGAAGCUCAACGCGGCGGACCACGCGACGAUCGCGCGGUCCUCGCAGCGCGUCCGCCGCAACUCCGACUCGCUCGCGCGCAUGCACGAGCAGGACGCGCGCCUCCUCGACGACCUCAUCUCGGGCUACGCGCCGGGCCAGCUCCGGCCCCGGCCGCGGUCCGCCGCGGCCCCGCGGUCGACGCCCAAGGCCCUGUCGCGGCUGCGGUCGGGCUCCGCGAAGCGGCCCGCGCCCCUCGCGGACGUCGACGCCAACGUCGCGCGCGCGCGCCGGUCCUACGAGCCCAAGCGGGACGCGCCGGCCUCGCCCCGCACGCCGGGCGGCUCGCGGCCCAAGUCCGCGCCGAGCGCCGGGCGCCGCGCGGGCAAGGCGCGCUUCUAG